GGCGAGGGUGGAAGCGAGUGGAGUUACAAUAGAUGCGGAAGCAGCGCUGAAGUUCAGCAAGGACUGGGGGGGGGAGCGGAGAAACGAAUGAAUGCUGUAGGGUUAGAAGCUGCAAAGAGUUAAUGCAAGGUACAAAGCAAUUUAAUGGGCUGUCUACCGCCCCUCGUCUCCUCCUCUGCACUGAGUCAGUAUUUCGAUGAAACGCAUUGGAAAUGGUGCGAGUGUACAACUGCCACCCGUUUUCCUCCCAGCUCAUUGUCCCGAUCGAACACGAACCCGACACUUUCUGCUGUGGGAGAGACAUUCUCUUCGUUAUCUCCGCUGGGUGUAAAGUAGAGACGUUUAACGUUGCACAGAACGGAUAUGAGCCCCUCUGCGCGUUCGCCACUCUUGGGAAAGUCCAGAAAAUAACGUACAGCGACAUAGGAGAUUACCUUGCCGUAAUUGAAGAGAAGAGCAAGGUCCUUUCCCUCCGUGUCUACUUCAACUGGAGGAAAUGCCAAGCAAAGGAGACCUCGCGAGUUAGCAUCCGAAUGGUGGGACAUGCGUUGCGGGCUCCAUUUAUUGGAGUGCCCAAGGAUCAAAUGGAGAUCAUAGAGGUGCCGCUUUCAGAGCCACCUGUUUCCAUUUCCUGUUGCCCUGUGAAGGGGGAUCUAACAGUUGGGUGUCAAAAUAAGGUGGUGCUAUUCCGCCUGAAGGAGGAGAUGGUGGACGGCGAGAGCCCUGUGUUAGACUUUGAGCGGUUCUUGAUCGUGCAUGUCGCUCUGGACCUGCUGGAAGUGGCCUUCUGUAAUGGCUGCUUGGCCAUGGUGGCGGACCUGGAAGUGCUGGUGCUAAAACUGGAGUAUGUCCAACAAGUGGAGGGCAAGAGCUGGCUACAGGUCCCUCAGAAAGCGGCACCGACCAACGAGGGUGUUUACGGAGUGGAAAAUAAGCCUGCAGAAGGGGCAUCUCUGAGCCAAGAACAGGAUGAGUUUGUCCUCUUUCAGGGUCCUUUGGAACUGCUUGGUGAAGAUGCAUCAGGAUCAGGAGUGUUGAUCAGUUCAGAGUGGACUGGUAUGGAGGGUUUGAAUACCGAGCUGCAGAGUAGUUUACAUCUCCGGCAGAUUCUCUACAGGCGUUUUGCACCAGAUCUGUCUCAUAUUUACUUGGAUGAGAAAACCUCGCUGCACUCUGUACAGCUGCUCCCAAUAUUUUCUGCAGGAGACUUGGAAUCGAACAGUUCCCCAGUGAGGAAGGAGAAGCAAGUGCUCAGCCUUUUCUGUUUCUUUUCGUUGCCACACAUAGGCUACCUGUACUCGGUUGGCAAUAUGGUGCAGGAGCUCUCCACUUACAGUUACCCAGAGAAGGCUAACCAAGCAGUGCUGACUUCCCAGCUCUUACAUGUCAUUACCAGGAAUAACUUGCUGUGUUACAGUGUCAGAUGCAGUGCAGUGGCUGCUCGAGAUAUUGAUCCAGAAAUUGACACCAAUAACAAGGCCUGUCCACCGUUCUUCCUACCUGUGUCUGCUCUGCGAAUGCAACUCUUCAUCGGGCUGAGAGCUGUGUGUCAUUCCAGAAACCACUUAAUACUGCUGGCCAAAGCAGAGGUCAAUGCACAAAAAAGACAGAAUGAAUCCAAAAAAGGAUCGCCCCAAAAAUCCAGGACUGUUAAUAACACAACACCGAUCACUGGAGAGUCCGGGUGGAAUUUGUACUGCUUGCAGGUGAUUCCUACAGUUCAGCUGUGCAAGGAGAUGGUGGAGUACAGUUUGAAGUACAAGACCUGCAGUCCACAGAGUUACGUCCAUUUGCUGAGUGAAGCCCACUUAAUGCUAAAGGCUGCUCUCCUGGAUCCUGACCUUGGCCAGUGUGACAGCGAAUUACUAUCUGCUUUUAGUGAGAACUGCAUCCAGCUGGGAGACUGUUUCAGUCAGUUUGAGAUGGAUGAUUUUCACCUCACUCUCCCCUACUAUAAGAUGUCGGGCAAGUCAUUGAGUGACCUAAUCAGCAGAAGGCUUUUAUGGGAAAAUGAACCUGAGAAAUUUGGAAAAGGAUUUAUGUACUACUUAAAGCACUUAGUCUAUGAGGAAAUUGAAGAGCCACUCAGUGCAGAAACAGCAAACCAGGUGUUGCAGGUAUUCAGGCUGUCGGAACCAACCCAAAUCCCCCAUGCUUUGUGCAGCCCGUGCAUGAGAAAUGUGUGCCUGAGGACUGCGUGGGACCAUCUGGAGAGGCUGGCCUCCAUCAGCCCGUCGCCCCUGGUGACACUGACUAAAGCAAUGGUGGCACUAAGAAUUGAAGACCAGCAGAAAUACCAGGAGGCCAUGGGGCGAUACACAGAGAUGAGGUUGGUUAAUGGAUUUGUGGAUGAACCAAAUCUCCUGCGGCAUCACAGCGUCGUGGCAACUGAGCUGUCCCAUAAACUGCAGAGGACUCAGCCGGGUCUAUUGGUAGUUGCAUUUGUAGCUCUACUGAAAAAUGACAAAAUCACCCUCGCGGAGGCUGACCUGUUCUUUAAGGAACUCUGUGGUAAAGGUGAUAAAGACGAUGAGGCGGAGACUCCGCAGAUGCUGGUUGAUUUCUGGGAAGCCACGUUGAUAUCCUGCACCGAGGAAGUGAUGAUCGAACUCCUGCUGAUGAAGCUGGUGUCGGUGUACCUCCACAGGACGGUCCGGAGACUGAAGCCUGACCAGAAACCACUCAAAACGGUGGAGGAACUGAUCAGUUCAUGUGGUCAUUUCGGGAAGAUUUUCCCAUGGAUCCACACCAUCAAUGCAUCCAGUUCCGAACCACUAGGGCCUUCAGAAGAUCUGCAGAAACUGCAGUCCAUUUUGUGCGGUCCUUCAAUUGAAAUAACAUCUGUUCUCCAUCUUCUGCAACACCUCCCUGAUGAUGACAUGACUGGUUUAAGUAUCCACGCCCUGUGUGACACCAGACUGGGCAAAUGUGAGCAUGUAACUGACCUUCUCCUUGAUCGAUGCCCUGAAGCACUUCUACCAUUUGCCACUUGUGAGAUGCAGCAGGGAAAUCAGCCUCUGUGGUGGAAGAAGCUUUUGCCUGAACUUUGCGAGAGGACAAGAGGAGCUGGAGGAGAAAAUAGAAUCCUGGUGUCUUCACUGCAGGAGACACUGGCGGUGGUGGCUGCUGCUCUCCCACCUCUGGAUUUUCUGAGGAUACUGCCGGAUGAUGGUGUUGCUUCGUUUUUCCUACCUCACCUUCUGGAAUGCAGCAGAAAGAACUCGAUCACCUGACCUGGAGUGUGUGUUGGGCAGAGGAGCUGUGCUGUGUUCUCGGGAGCUCUGGAAGGGACAGCGUUAUCUUGCCUUGAUUGUGGUGCAGGAUGUGACUGCAGGCUCGAAGCAGGUGCCGACUAGAACUGUGAAGAUCACUAUCACUGGCAAAAACCAGUGGGAAACCUGGCCACAUGAAGUCGCUACAGUGCACCUAGAUAACAACAUUAUCACAUCUAGGAGUAAAAAUUCACACCAACAUGGCAGGGCUCACUGACUGCUAGCUAACAUACUCUUAAGACAAUCCACACUAUUUCUACAGCAGUGUUAAUGAACACUUGAGCAAGGAUUGACUGUGAGUAAGUUAAGGGUUCAUGUGUGAACUUCACUGGAAUUUCUGUUUUUUUAAAUCCAUCUGAUUGCUUAACGUAUCUGCUCACUCAUUUUUGCAGAGUAAGUUGUCUUUGAGUUUUGUCCGAUGUCACUUUCAACACUUUCCUUGAAGUCACCCCAGUACAACCUACCAUGCUGAAACCCAGUUGCUAGAUGUAAGACCUCUUCCUAUUGGCUCUGUGUGAAAGAUUGGGGUAUCAAACCUAGUACAACUUUCCUGCAUAGUGCAAUGGAUUGUUGAAGAUUAUUUUCCCAUCCCUCUUCGUCUAACUACACCAACCCCACUUGUCCCUGCCUGGGAGGGUUAUUUGUAUUCCAGUGAUCUUUUUUAACCAUUAUGUGUAUUUAACCAAUUAUUUAUUUAUACUGUUGAUAUUUCACUCCAUGUUUACAUUGAUAUCAGUGAUAAAUCUGCUUUGAACCCAGUAACCUUUCAGCCAGAGCCAAAAACACUUUUUAGAUUAAAAGAGUGAUAAUACUAUUAAAUUUUACUUUACUGGUUUUGUGCUCAUCUAACGAUGGUGGACUGAUUAGUUCACAAACUUGUCGCCAGGUGAAUAUCGAGAAGAGUGUGCAAUAAAAUUCAAUAACUAAACCUCUCAAGCUGUACGCUUUCCAGGGCUGGUGGUGGAAGCAGACAUGAUAGUAGUGCUUAAGAGGCAUUUAGACACCACGUGAACAUCCAGGGAAUGGAGGGAUAUGGAUCGUGUGCAGGCAGAAGGGAUUAGUUUAAUUUGCCAUCAUGCUCGACACAGACGUCGUGGGCCGAAGGGCCUCUUGUACUGUUUUAGGUUUUCACCACUUUCUCAAUCAGUCCUGCCACGUCCAAUGAUCUCUGCAUAGGUACUCCCCAGCUCUUCCACUUCAAUGAUAGGGUGACACAGCGGAGCAGCAAGUAAGCUGCUGCCCCACAGAUCCAGUGAUCUGGUACAAUGUUGACCUCUGUUGCUGUGUGAGGGGUUUGCAUGUUCCCCCUGUGACCAUGUGGUUCCAUCCAGGUGCUGUGGCUCCACCCCAACCCCCCCCCCCCCCCAGACGUAGAUUUGUUGCCAAUGGGGAAUUGCCCCUAGUGUGUAGGUGAAUAGUAAGAUCUGGGGGAAGUUGCUGAGAACAUGGGGAGGAUUUGUGUAAAUGGGUGCUUGAUGGUCAACACGUGUUCAAUGGGCCAAAAGGUUCUGUUACCGUGCUUAUUGAUUCAAUGAUUAGAUGCCUUUUGUGGGGUUCUCAUUUAGAUUCUCUUCCUUUCCCAUCAUCGCUUUCAUCCCCAAUCCACUUGAAUGGAGGGACAUGCUGUAGCACCACCCUACACCUUCCCUGCCCAGGUGUACUCUGAUUAUAGAUCCAUGACUAACUUUUCAUUUAUCCCCUGCCUCAGAUCCCAUAAUGUGCUGUGGUUGUAUCCAAAAGAAAAACCGAUUAAUACUGGAAGUGCUCAGCAGAUCAGGCAGCAUCCAUGGAGAGAGAGAAACCUAGUUAAUAUUUCAGGUUAAUGACCUUUCUAUAUUUCUCCUCACAUUACUGUGGUUCAAGUUUUUUUUGUUUGAGAAUAACUCCUUUGGUGCCACACCCACAUGUUCCUGCUUUAGACAACAGUCUGGGCAGUAAAUGUGCCAAGCUGUUUUACGUUUAUUUUGCAGUUACAGCAAUAAACAGAAACAAGUGGGCUUAACAUUUUAUUAGGCACUUGGUGGCAAAAGGGUCACGUCAGUCCACAUGAUGAUCUCCAUAGCAUUUCCAAUUAAACAAACCUUCACAUGAGGUUCUGCUGCAGUUGAAGGUGUCACA